AUGGAUGAGAAUGAUGGGAUUACGCGGAGAAGUUCACGGAGAUCCGCAGUCGACAGCAAGCAUUCAAAGAAUUUCGAGACGUUGAAGGCCAUCCAAGAGGCUCGCCGAAGUGGGACUUCUAUCAGAAAACAUCUUGAUGGCUCUGAAGUAAAUGAUGUGUAUUAUACGGUGGAUGAAAACGAGUAUGAAGAGCUUUUGAAGAAUCGCCCACAAGAUAACUUUUGUGAAGAUGACGAUGGAAAUGGUUACGUGGAUCAUGGAGUCGAUUUCUUCGACGAGAGCGACGGCGAGGAGGAGAAAGCGCAAGCAAAAAAGAAAGCCAAGAAAGAAAAGACGAAGAAGGGGGGAAUCACUUCUUUUUUCACUGGUCUCGCAAACACAACUAAGCCGAAAAUUGAUGAAUCCAAAGUUAAAUUGAACGUUGAUGAUGAUUUGAUGGACGUGUUAGCGGACUUUUCAGAAGAUCAACCAGUUGAAGAAAAACCAUUUGUCAGUCGUAAUCAAUUCAAAAGAGGACGCGAGAGCUCGCCACCACUUGCACCAAAACUUGUCGCUACCCGGAAUGUACAACUUUCUAAUGCGCCGAUCCGGCAAUCAUCGCUCGAUUCACCUAAAGUCAAGAAAUCUUUUGCACCAGAACCACCGAUGAAAAAGACCUGUCCUGAAUCUAUUCCGGAUUCACUUCCAAUGGAUGAUGGCGGUUUCGAUGAUUUUCCUGAGCCUUCUUUUGAUGAUCAGGAGUCUACGACUGCCUUACAAGAAGUUGCUACUCAAAAAAACACCGAAAAUCAAAAAGAUAUGUUAGAGUGGCCGGUGGAAGAGGAAACUGAAGCACCCGAAGAACCGAUUGAAGUAAAUGUGGGAGAAGAAAAAUUCUAUCAGACAAAGAUGCGGAAGGAAACGUCACUCAAACGCCAAUUAUUCGUUUCUAUUGGAUUGAUGCAUUUGAGGAUGCAAUCAAAAGACCAGGCACCGUCUAUCUCUUCGGAAAAGUUGAAGUGGCUUCUGGACACUUUGAGAGUUGCUGCAUUGUCGUGGAGAAUAUUUACCGCAAGAUUUACUUCAUUCCAAGAGAAACGAAAAUGU